CCCCGAAUUACGCUCUGGACCAAACAUCCCUCCUCGCGCCCUUGAACACCCUCUGCAGUUUUACCAGAGCAUCAGCUACCUUCUUCCUAUACGAGUCGCGCAGCUUCUUCUUCGUCUUCUUCGUCUUCUUCGUCUUCUUCGUCUUCUUCGUCUUCUUCGUCGCCGCGCACCCUAACCGCCAUGAUGGCGCCUUCCCACAUCCUCGAGAUCCCGCGCCCACGGACGUUCCUCCAGAAGAUGUCUCUGCGCACGGGCGCCGAAAUCAUCACCUACCUCCAAGUCAUCAACAAGGUCUCCGGUCUGUACGGUCUCCUGGCGAUCAUCACCGGCGCAUCCAUCGACGGCUUCCAGCUGUCUAUGUACAUUUACUCGACCCUCGCGCUCUUCGCCACAUGCUUCCUCUACAGGCACAUCCGGUCACAGAGCCCCUUCGAGACCGUACUGCUUGCGCACCUCUACGCCCUCGACUCCGUUGUCAACGCGUUGUACACAGCCUUCUUUGGCAUUGCCUGGUUCUACACACUCGCCGCACACCCCGACGAGGAGUCAUCCAUUCCCGGCCAACACGGUAUCUCCGACAACGCUGGCUUCACGAGCCCCAAGCACAACGUCUCUGAGGUCAACGUCAUCGCCUCGCCCACCGGAGGCGUCACAGGAGGCCAGAGCGCCGUCGCUGCAGGCGUGCCUCAAAAUAGUGCACCAGGCGUCGGUGCCGGCCUUGGAAAUGCUGUCUUCCAGAGCAGCAGCAUCAUGAGCAUCUCUCUCAUCUCCGGUUUCUGGGCCCUGCGCAUCUACUUCGUCUUCAUCAUGUUGGCUUUCGCGCGUCAAUGUCUGCGUCAAUACAUCGCCGCCCACGCCGCCUCUGCUGGGUGGUAUAGCUCGAACAACAUGCAGACCACCGCCACCGACCUCGCCGAGAACCCUUUCCUUGAGGGCAAGGAGCAGGGUGACGGCUGGAAGGGCAAGCUCGGUCGCGUCAUGCUCAGCGGUGCACCCAAGUACUGGCUUGGUGCUGACGGCGAGAACGAGUGGCAGCACUCUGUUGGCGGCAAGUUCAGGAAGAACACACAGCUCGAGCAGCCCGUCGGCUUCAGCGAGCGUGAAAGGAGACGCAGGAGUGGUACCGGACCGCCAGUGCCGCAGCUCGCCAACCUGCAGAUUGUACGAUAGACUCGUAUCUACAGAAUGAGCUGAUUCGGGGAGUGUACAGACGUAAGAAAUGUUUGGCGAUGAAUGACGACCAAACACCUGUUAAUGACGACUUAAUAUCUCGGUCCCGGUGUGGACCGACAGCAGGCGUACAUGAGUGUUAUACCUAUCAGGAAGAUCUUGGGAUGGAAAGGGGCGCGCUGUCCUAUAUACGGGAGAAACCAUCUCUGUCUUUAUUUCUCAUUCCUAUUUCACAGCGAGCAUAGCGUUCGGCAG